ACCUCCUGCCAUGGAGGUAGGUAGUAUACACGAAGGAGCAGCGGGCCACAGAUCUGGCCCACUGACAUCAGGGCGCAGUUGAACAGUACAAGGAUGAUGCUGUUUAUUUGGUCCUUCAUGAUCAUCCUCUUCCCCUGCUGCUGCUGCUGCUGCUCUCUGCGUCCAUUAUAAGCCGUUUCUUGUGCUGCCUCCUCCAUCGUGCUGCUGCAAAUCUGGGCGUGACCGAGAGGACAGCGAGUUAAGUGAAUCUGAGUUUCUGUGUUUAAUCGUCCUCUCAUUGGCAACACCAUUAAUAAAUACAUAUAUAUGCAUCCAUUACGAUCCUGAGAGAUCCCACCAGUAAAAGGAUCCAUGACAUCAGGAGACAUUUUAGUAUGUAUAAUCUAUCCAGCCACUAUGAUAAUGGCCACUUCAUCUAACUGCUUAUUAAUGACGACAAGAAGGAAACCGUCAUUUAUGCUUACGGCAGAUAUUUCUGUAUUCAUCUGCCCCAUCUAAUCUGGUCUGCUGUUCUUUCGAAGCAGAUCGAGAUGUAGUUCUUAGGCAGCUUCUGUGGGGUCGCAAUUCUGUCACUGCUCAUGUUAACAUAAGUGAUUAUUCUUCUUUGGAGCAAAGCCUUUAGUUGAUCUUGUUAAUCCUGCAUCGAGGUCGGUUUCCUAACCCAUCUAAUCCGGUCAUUUCACUGAUUUCAAGUCGACACGAAUCUUCUUCCAUCUACAAAAAAUGGAGGCCCCUUCUCACUUUAAUGUCAAUCAGCCUGUCUGUGUCGGCAAAGACUGACGUAGUCAUCGUGGACCUUUCAACACGGAACGUAUGUAAGUUAGCUAGAAACAUCUACAGAAAGAUUUUGCAGUGACUGAUUGUCAUAAUUGUUUCUCUUCGUAAUGGCUUUAUCAGAAAUCUGUUUUUACUAGGAAUGAUGAGGAAAUCCACAUAAAAGGGAAAACUGAAAAAAAAAAGAAAAAAAAACAGAGAGAGAGUAAUGGAGAGGAGGAAGAUGCUCAUUGACUUGGAAUGGUCAGUCAACUUCACUUCAGGACAACGUUUCCCCAGCCUUAUUAAAGCAAUGGUCUCUUUCCUCCGGAAACUCGAACCAUCCUCUAGUUUCCUUUGAUAAUAUUGCACUCAGUAAUGACACCUAAUUCUCUAGUGUUGGUAACGACAUUUAUAUUUCCGAUUGUAGUCGGGCUGCUCUUUCUUUUGUAUUUGGCUUGGGAUAAUUUUGUUCUUAUUAUUAUAGAGGGGCUGCUACUUCUUUUGUAUGUGGCUUUUGGGAUUUUGUAUUGGCUCAACUACAGGAAAGGCAACAAAGAGGGUACCGUGCUGACAAGCAAUGAAUUUUUGUUGGCAAUAUGGAGCUAUGACGGGAGAAUUGCAUACCAGAAGAUUAUAGCUGCGGUCGAGGACUUCGACAGCAAGUACUGCAUCAGCGCCGGGGCAUAUGCGAGCGUCUACAAGGCGGAACUGGCAACGGACCGUGUUUUCGCCGUGAAGAAACUUCAUGCAGUACUUGACGAUGAGAGUGAGACAGCUAUUCACAAGGCGUUCGAGAGCGAGAUCCGCGCUCUCACGGAGGUGAGGCACCGUAACAUCGUGAAUUUCUGUGGGUACUGCUCGACCCCGAGGCACUCUUUCCUGGUAUACGAGUUCCUGGGAUCAGGUAGCCUGCAGGGCUUACUGAUUGAUGAUGAUGAUGCGGCGGGUUUCGGGUGGCUCGAGCGGGUGAACAUUGUGAAGGGCAUUGCAAACGCUUUGUGCUACCUGCACCAUGAGUGCUCCCCUCCGAUACUUCACCGAGAUGUGUCAAGCAAAAAUGUGCUGCUGGAUGACGAGUACGAAGCCCGCGUGUCGGACUUUGGCACUGCCAGGUUUCUGAAACCCGAUUCGUUAAACUGGACUACAUUCGUAGGGACAUGUGGAUACGCCGCUCCAGAGCUUGCAUACACCAUGAUCGUGAACGAGAAGUGUGACGUCUAUAGUUUUGGAGUUGUGACUCUAGAGACAAUCAUGGGAAGGCACCCGACGGAUCUCAUCUCAUCCAUCUCCUUCAGUCCGGCUGCAUCAUCAUCAACUGAUCACCUUACGCUGAAAGAUGUCUUAGAUCCGCGAAUUCCAUUCCCAAGAAAUGAAGCCGCAUUUGAAGUUAUCUACACUGUACAGGUAGCAUUCUCGUGCUUGAGCUACAGACCAGAGUUCCGGCCUACCAUGAAACAAAUAGCUCGAGGCCUAUCCAAUCAAAGAUCACACCUACCUGAUCCACCGAAUGUGAUGGAACUCGGAGAACUGAUGGAUUUGACAUUUGGAAGCUUGCGUCCCUAAAAUUUCGAACUACGUUUGGAACUGCAGUCUCGGUCUGAUUUCGUUGAAAUCUUAAUUUUCUUCUUUCACAUAUUUCAUGGACUACAUUCUAUCAUAAUAUGGAAGCAUCCUUAUCGAUUGAAA